CCCACAACCUUGAACUGAAGCAAGUGUGUGUGUCCCUUUGUUCUGUACUUGUGCUGUGAAGGGGAGAUGGAAAUGCAUGUUGGUGCUUGAACCCGUGUCUCAGUAUUUUUCCACGCGUACUCGGUACACAAGGUUCGAUUUGUGGUGUUGAUUUCAUAAUGGGUGCUGGAUUGUGCGAGGUUUCGGGAGAAUGUCACAAUACGAACAUCAAGAUCACUUUAGUUGGGCCAGCCCUGGCAGCGGUGAUAAUCGCUAUCGCGCAACUGGUGUACGCAGUGAACAAAAUGCCGUACCCAGGGCCCAACAAACUCGGAGAACCUCCCGCGGAAGGGUUUAAAAGACACAACCCCGUGAUUUGGAAGGUCGAUAUCGCACUGAGCGCAAUUGGCAUCUUAUCGAUCAUCGCCCUGUCGGCAGCUUAUGUCUGGGUCAUUCGCUCCAAACGGAAGGUCAAGAAAGGCUAUAUGAUCGCAGUCUUGACUUUCAUGGUGCUUUUGACGCUGGCUCUGGUCAUCUUCAACAUAGUUGCUGCUGUUCACGUCAGCGGAAAUGACAUUGUGAUCCACGUGUUGAACAUCGUCAUAUCCCUUAUUUUAUUCGCCGUUGUUGUCGUCGAAAGCAGAACACUUCUUGAGGGUCGUAGUUUCGUUCCACAAAAUCGCGACGAAUCCCGCGAAGACGAUGAGAAACUUUAGUCGGGAAUUAUCAUGGACUGGGUGGGUACAUAACUCUUGUAUUGUUUGUAAAUUUGAUUGAUUUAUACGACGAGAAAGUGUAGAGAAGAAAAAUUGCGUGAGACUUUUUGAGUAUGAAUUUUUUUCGUUCCUGUGCAUUGGUCAAGAAGCGACGAACACAUUAUUUUUGUCCUUUUUUCUCCGCGUACGUGAAUAAAUGUAUUUUUUAUCUGACCAUAUUUGUUUCUGCUAAAGAAAGCAUCGAAGCAACGCAGCAUGUGAUAUGCUUUUCAUCGAUUAUACUGUACCUCGGAAUAUGACGAUUUUUAAUAAAGCAGUACAAUGAUGGUAAUAA